AUGCUGCGUCGUAUGAAAUUAAUUGUGUGUUUUUGCGUCCUUUUGUGCGCAUUAGACAAUAAAGCUGAUGACAAUCAAGUUUUAUUAACCAAACUUGGUACAAAAACAGGACCGACUUUAAAAUUUUUCUAUUGGUGAGAUUUAUAAUUCUACUUUUUUUAUUUGACAUAUCUUAAUAUAUAUAAUUUUUAUUAUUUGGUUGUUUAUAAUUCUAUCAGUGAAUUAAUGUUUCUUGUCUGUUUCUUUUUUCAGUUACUCAUGUGGAUACAGGAAAGUUUUUGAGGAAUAUGUCAGUAUCCUUCAGCAAAAAUAUCCAGAAUUACAAAUUAAUGGAGAAAACUAUAUUCCCUCUAAUAAUAAAAUGCUCAUUGCUAAAUUACUGGUAAUUACAUUUUUUUAUAGUAAUAAUUAUUAAUUAUUAAUACUUUUUUCUUUAUUUAGAGUUUUGCAAAAAUUUCACUAAUAGUUUUAAUAAUAAGUGGACUUGAUUUUGGACAACCACCAACAUCACUGUGGCAAUGGUGUCUAGAUAAUCGAUUUUAUUCUUGUAUAAUGAUAUUUUUUAUUUUUAACGCUAUAGAAGGACAUUUCAUAUCAUCGGGAGCUUUUGAAAUUCAUUUCAAUGAUGUUCCUGUAUGGUCCAAAUUAGAAACUGGCAGAAUACCCCAACCAUUAGAACUAUUCCAAAUAAUAGAUAAUCAUUUAAAUAUGCAAUAUGCAGAUGUAGAUAUAGAAUAGAUUAAUUUUAAUAAGAAAUCUAAUGUUUUUUAUUUGUACCAAAUGUUAAAAUUGAAGUUACAGAGCUUUCGUUGCUGCAACUCUAUAAUUAUUAAGAACAAUUGCUAUCUCAAUCUAUGCGAGACAAUACAUUUAAAGCAGAUAGAGUUUGCACGAGGGAAGCAAAAAUAAAUCCUUUUAAUAUUGCUCAAAACAAUUUUUCAUUUUCCAUCUUAAUUUAGAAAUUAGAAAAUUAAAUGUUAUUCAAUAAUAUUUAAAAAUUUUGUUAAUUAUGAUAUAUAUAAAAUUUUUAUUUAAAAAUAUAAAAUAUUUUAAAUUUGUUUAGUCGUCAUUAUUUUUACAAUUAAUUUCAUACUCUAUUACAAAUAGAAAUAGGUUUUUUUGAAACAAAGAUAAUACUUUGAUAACCAA